CGUGACGUAAUUUGUUGUGGUUCGCAGUGUUCGAGAAGAUGGCAGUCCAACACGGUAGCUCGCCAUUCUUCGAAGCACCAAAAACCUCCUUUCCCGUUUCCAAAACGGAUUCAGACGGCGAAACAGAUUCCCCUCAACUGUCUCGCAGGUCUCUUACCGAACUAGAAGACUCCGAAAAGAGUGGAAUACUACUCAACUCGUCUUGGACUUUAUGGCACGAUCGGUACAUAAGAGGGGCUACUGCGGCUGAAUACGCUGCCAACUUGAGGAAAAUCUAUAAUUUUCAUACAGUCCAGAGUUUUUGGAGUGUGUUUAACAACAUACCAAAGGCUAGCGAACUGGGCUCAAGGGCAAGUUAUCACUGCAUGCGAGGUGUCCGAAGGCCUAUUUGGGAGGAUGCAGAAAAUGCAAAUGGUGGUUAUUGGAAAAUGAGAUGCCCAAAGGAUAUGACUGAUAAAGUUUGGAAAGAGCUCCUGCUUGCAGCUAUUGGUGAACAGUUUGCCCCAUGCAUGGGUGAAGGUGAUGAAGUUUGUGGAAUAAGUGUGAGCAUGCGAGACAGAGAUGAUAUUGUACAAAUAUGGGACACUAAAGCACGUACUGCUGCUGAUGCCACUGUGAGUAUUCUAGUGUUAAGAAAAGUCUGUGAGUUAUUGCCAGAUGUAGAUUUUCAAGACCCAUUCUACAAAUCACACCAAGAGCACACAGCAUUUGAAGGCCAAAAACCCAAACCCAGAUAUUCUGGUGGUUUUCCGUAGGAAUUUUAAUGGUACAGUGAUAUGCGGUGUUUGUACAAAGAGCCUGAAUACUCCAAGUAGAUAAAAGCAAAGCAGUGUCAGGCAGAUUCAACAAGCAGUUGUGAUGCAAGGAACAUAGGUCAUUGUGUAGUAGCUAUACCAUUUUCUUCCAAAUUUCCUUUGUAAAAGGCUGACUCUAGAAGGGGCCAAAGGUACCCCCUUGACCAAACCCCCUUACAUACCACAUAAAAUACUAAGCCACAAAAAUGUGUUUUCUUUGUCCGAACUAGCAUUAGUUAAUAACUUUUCAGGCUGGGAAUAAACCACAUGGUAGUGCAACUAUCACAGAACACCCGAUUUUGGAGAAGAAUGUCAAGCCUCCUUCCUCUAGCUUUUGAUGGAGAUUUACUUUUAGUGAUAGUUAUCUUAUAAGGUAUUAAGAGAGCUUUCUUCUUAGAAAUUUAUUAUUGCUAAUUUUAAUGUUAAAUAGUAGUAGUUUUAAGAGGCUACCCAAAGUUUUUUUUUUACUUUCUACUACACGACUGCAGGGAAAGCUACAGUAGUAUAGCUCUAUAAACUAAGUAUAGCUAGAGUAGUUAUUUCAAUUGUUUGUAAAGAAAUAUGCCCUUCCCCUGGUUUUUACAAAUUAUUUCAUUUUUUCAAAAUGUAUUUGAUUCAUAUAGCAUGUUGUAGUUCAAUGAAAUAUUGGUUUCAUUA